CAUUUCCGCCUGAUGGCCUGAAAAUGCAGGCGGCCAUAUUAUAUUAGCAAACACACUCACGCAGUAGCAGCAGUUUGUUUAUGCUUGUGAAUUGCAGAUAAAUAUUUACCAAAACUCUCUCAGUUUAGUUGAAGUGAUCGUGUGACGAUGAGCGGCGGCACGCCGUAUAUCGGCAGUAAGAUCAGUUUGAUCAGUAAGGCGGAGAUCCGUUAUGAGGGCAUUCUCUACACCAUCGACACCGAGAACUCAACCGUCGCGCUCGCCAAAGUGCGCUCCUUCGGCACGGAGGACCGGCCCACGGACCGUCCCAUCGCACCCAGAGAUGAGACGUUUGAGUACAUCAUAUUCAGAGGAAGUGACAUCAAAGACCUGACAGUGUGUGAACCUCCCAAACCGACAUGCUCUCUGCCUCAGGACCCCGCCAUUGUUCAGUCCUCUCUGGGAUCUUCUGCCCCACCAUCAUCUUUCCAGUCAGGAAACUCCUACGGGCUGUUCAGUCGUCCACAGGUCACGGCAUACCCUCAGUUCAACCCUGCCCCGCUGGUCUCGCCACAGUUCGGGACGGUCGGUGUCGGAAGGUCUUUGGGAUUUUUUGUUAGUGACACUGGCAUGACUGCGCCACUGCCUCAGAGCAAUGCUAUUGCCUCUGCUUUCAACAGUGACACUCUGUGUGCUUUCGUAGCAGAAGGUCACACCAGUCCGGCUCUGGACGCUCUCCGAAAAAGCCCCCUAGUGGAGCCUUCUGCCCCAUCAGCACCUGCGGUCACCACUGCCCUCACGGCAUUGGGCCGCAAGAGCCCCGUGUCAACUCGUGCAGCCUCCACCAAUACCCAGAUGCCUGUGGACCUCGCGGAGCAGAUGAGGGGUACUGAUGUCCCGAAACCAAGCGAACCAGAGUCCAGUCAGUCCAGAGGAGGCAACGGAGACGCGACUAAGCGGCUCGCAGCUGCUGGCCAUCCUGCUGCUCGCCGCGGGCGCGCUGGAGGUCAUCGCGGUCGAGGUCGGUUCCCUGUGCGCAGAGAAGGACCUAUGAAGUUUGAGAAAGACUUUGACUUUGAGAGCGCCAAUGCUCAGUUCAACAAAGAUGAGAUUGACAAGGAGUUCCAGAGCAAACUCAAGCUGAAAGAUGAGAAGCCCGAGAAAGCUUUGAAUGGCGAGGAUAAGGCUGAUUCGGGAGUCGACACUCAGAACAGUGAAGGAAACGCCGAUGAGGAAGUUCCUCUCGGAUCAAACUGCUACUACGACAAAACCAAGUCCUUUUUCGACAACAUCUCCUGUGAUGAUACAAGGAAGGCAGCCGAGAGGUCUGGAGGAUCCGGUUUCCCCCGGAGGAAUACCUGGGCGGAGGAGCGGAGGAUGAACGCGGAGACGUUUGGCAUCCCGUUGCGACGGGGCCGCGGAGGGUUCAGAGGUCGCGGAGGCAUGGGCUUCAGGGGGGGCCGGGGCCGUGGGUUCAGUCGGGGCUCGUUCGGGUCGUACCCGGGUGGAAGUGGCUUCAGAGGAGCGUUCAGAGGCAGUCAAGGAGGAAGAGAGUUCGCUGAUUUUGAGUACCGGAAGGACAACAAAAUGGCCGCGUAGUGACGCGAGGAGAGG